AAAAGAAACUCACUAGUCAAUCUCAACAGCUUUUUGAGUUCUUACCUCAAGCUAUUCAAGAACAAUUGAUGCUUGAAAGAGAUCCCCAUGGAAAUGUCCAGGUUGCCAAGAUAGAAACAGAAAAAAUGUUGAUUCAAAUGGUUGAGACUGAGUUGGAGAAGAGGAAACAGGAAGGUGCAUAUAAAGGCCAAUUUAAAGGGCAGUCCCACUUUUUCGGGUAUGAAGGAAGAUGUGGUUUGCCAACAAACUUUGAUGCUUCCUACUGUUAUGCAUUGGGUUAUGGUGCUGGAGCUCUCCUUCAUAGCGGAAAAACUGGCUUGAUAUCAUCAGUUGGAAAUUUGAGUGCUCCAGUUGAUCAAUGGACUGUAGGUGGUACUGCUCUGACCGCAUUAAUGGAUGUGGAGAGGAGACAUGGUAUGUUCAAGCCUGUGAUCAAGAAGGCCAUGGUGGAACUUGAUGGUGCUCCAUUUAAGAAAUUUGCAUCCCUGCGGGAGGAAUGGGCUCUCAAAAAUCGAUACAUUAGUCCUGGUCCUAUUCAAUUUGUCGGUCCAACAUCCACCGCCGUUAAUCACACACUACUCUUGGAGCUUGGUGCCCAAGUUUAAGCAUGCUAUCAAAUUCAUCCUCAAGACGGAAGUUCAUGUCUAAAGAAACCAAUAACGAAUUCUUGUGUUCUUGAUCUCUGAGUUAUUUUUGUUUAUCUCGUUUUAUGUAAGAAUUUUUUCUUUACAUUUUUGGGGCUUUUAGAAGAAUGAUGUUUGAGAUAGUUAAGCAUCGAGUGGUGAAACUUAAAAAUUUAUGCAUAUCUUGAGUUCAGUUUUUCA